AUGUCUUCUCAGCAAAUCAAAGAAGUCAAUGAUGCAAAGGAGAAGUGGAACAAGGAAGGCACACCUGAGGAAAGCCAGGCUAAUUACCAUAAGAAUAACCUCAAAAAAACACUUGAGGAUUUUUCUGAGCAACUUUGUUGUACUAUGGGCUGUCAUGUGGUCCUGCUUGUCAGUCACAAGAAACGAGCAGACCAAACAUUGUCUGUCACCCUACACGAAUCUCAAUCCCAGAAUGUCAAAAAGAACUUUUCUGUUAGCUCUAAUGGUAUCAAAGAGUGGGCCUUGACAGGCUUUGAGUUCUUUACAGAGUGGUCAAAGGUAGAGCUUUAUCCGAACGGUGAAGAUGACGAAGUCAAGGAGGAAGAGGAUGACAAUGGGCUACCUGAAGUUGUUCUGGAUGAUGAGGGCUAUGCCAAACUACCUUCUCAUGAUGAUAUCAAACUCAAGGGCCAACAAGAACUGGUACAAACAAUUUUUCUUGCUUCAUAUAAAGCUUUCACUCACAGCUGUAAGCUGGUACCUUGGAGCACUAUAACUGCCAGUGAAUCUGAGUAUUUGGCCACUGGUAGUGUUCCAGAGAACUUUGUGGUAUGCGACCCCUCUCACAUGAGAAUGAAUGAGAUCAAUUCACUCUGGAGUCACUGGCAAAGGUGGAGCAAUGUGAAGAAGAGACUGGUCACUUUCAUAAAGGCAAGAAGGUCUGAUAUGAGAACUGACCUGAGGGAAGAUACAGGGGAUAAAAGGAGUUUAAAGAAGAAAAAACCAUAUGAGGAGGUUUGUGACAUUGACGGUUUUAGCGGUGUGCUGACACAGCUCAAAGACAACGGCACAGGAGAAGAAAGUAUUCAGUAGGAUGACAGUUUCAAAGUCUGCUAUUUCUUAUUCCAGAAAAUGUUGCUCUAAUACUACUAACUAUGCAGUAUUUAUACUAAGGCUCUCGGAGGGAAACAGAUAUGUAGACACAAAGGGGAGAACACAGAUGGC